GAACAAUGGCAUAUUGUCGAAUUAGGCUGUCUUUCAGAAGUGAGUUGAGUACCGUUGCUGGCUAUAAAAGGUAGCCGCUCCACAAGACACUCCACCAAAAACUUUAUUGAGAUGCCGCGAAUGCUUCAGAAUCUGCUCCCCCUCAUUUGCCUGACGUCCUGGGCUUACGGGCAAACGAACUACUGUGACCCCUCGCUUUGUGGCACCUCCACGCACAUUGCCUGCAACAAUAAUGGUGCGUGGGCAUCGACGUGUCCUACCAGUCCCAGUCCAACAGCCAAAAACUUUGGAGCCUCGGAUCAGCAGCUGAUUCUUAAGAUGCACAACUACCGUCGGAACCGACUGGCCAGCGGACUCCUGACCAAGUACAAGGCAGCGAAGCGGAUGGCAACCAUGCGCUGGGACGCCGAACUGGCAACCCUGGCUGCCCUCAAUGUAAAGCAGUGCAAGAUGAACCACGACGCUUGCCACAACACGAAGAAGUUCAAGGCCAGUGGCCAGAACCUGGCCAUAUACGGCUAUUCGGGGCCCCAGUCAGGAAAGACAGUAAGGGAGCUGAUCAUCGCAUCCAUUAAUAUGUGGUGGAACGAGAAGAAGGACGCCAACAUGGCUGUAAUUAACAAGUAUCCAAGCAGUUGGUCCGGGCCGCAAAUUGGACAUUUCACGGCGAUGGCGCAGGAGAAGAACACACAUUGUGGAUGCGCCGCCGCAUUCUACUACGAGAACGGAAUGAACUGGUUCCUGAUGGCCUGCAACUACGCCACCACCAACUGGGUGGGUGAGCCGGUCUACCAAAGGGGUGUCAAGGCCUCCGGCUGCAAGAAGGGCACCAAUGUAAACUAUCCGGGACUCUGCAAGGUGUCUGAGGUAUAUAAUGUGUAACCGGAUGGAAAUCACAAUUAAAUUUUUCGCAAAGUGAAAUGUUAACAGUUGAUUAAAUAUGGCAGCAACACACUUAGUUUUUGCAAGUUUUAAUUACCUUCUAGGUGAUUUCAGUUGAAUUAACAUUUGUGUGGCGUAAACAAGGAAAAUAUUUAUGCACGUGCCCUAACAUAAGCAAUUAAUAUUAAUAUUUAUUUUAUGUAUUUAUGUAAUAUAUUUGCAUAUGCGAAACUACA